AUGGAAAAUACAAAGUCCAACGAAGCCCGCGCGCUCCUCUGGGCUUACGAGCUCAACCGGGAAAACAAGCAGUUGUUCAAGGGACUCAAGAAAGUGAAUCGGUGUCUCUAUGCCUCUCACCCAACCACCUCACCUGGUUGUGCCAACGGUCCACAGCAAUGCAAUGGGAAAGUGAACCAACAGUCGAAGACUCAAGGAUCCCAGUUAACACAUAAUGGAACAGAGUGA